AUGGCAACGAGGACGCCAAACGACAAUACCCGCCAAGCUUACGAUCAAAUCAUUAUCGACAUCACCACCUACGUCUAUCACCACAAGCCAUCGAGUCCCAAAGCAUGGCUCCACGCUCGCACGGCGCUUCUGGACGCCCUUGGCUGCGCCAUCGAGACCCUGACGACAAGUCCUGAAUGUGUGCGCAUGCUAGGCCCCGUUGUUCCGGGCACAGUAGUUCCCAAUGGCUUCAGGUUGCCUGGUACCUCGUAUCAAUUAGAUCCCGUCAAAGGAGCCUUCGAUAUGGCUAUACUGAUUCGCUAUCUUGACCAUAGUGAUGGGUUUUAUGGCGCUGAAUGGGGACAUCCGUCGGACAACCUCGGUGCCAUUCUCGCCGUCAGCGACUGGCUCAAUCGUACCUCCCCCAAAGUCCGCGGCAGUAAUCCUAUGGCUCCGCCCCUCACAGUAUCAACCCUUCUCACCGCUCUCAUCAAAGCCUAUGAGAUCCAAGGGAUAUUUCAAAUCCUUAAUUCCUUUAACGCCCUUGGUCUUGAUCAUGUCAUUCUCGUCAAAGUAUCCGCGACAGCGGUCACCUGCUGGCUCCUAGGCUUGAGCGAGCCGCAGACCCACGCAGCGUUGUCCCAGGUCUGGAUGGAUGGUCACCCUCUGCGAACGUACCGCCAUGCGCCGAAUACUGGCCCACGUAAGGGUUGGGCUGGUGGAGACGCCUGUAUGCGGGCAGUACACCUAUCGCUUCUCACCAAAGCUGGGCAGCCAGGAGCUCCUACUGUGCUGACGGCUCCGAGAUGGGGUUUCUAUGCGGCGACUUUCAAGAACCGAGUCUUCUCAUUCCACCGCCCGUUUGGAACGUGGGUCAUGGAAAACAUCUUCUUCAAACUUAUACCAGCUGAAGGCCAUGCGAUCUCUGCUCUCGAAGCUGUGCUGCAAAUUAGUCGCACGAUAGCAGACCUAGGGCUAGAUGUUGAUCAGGACAUAUCAAAAAUCAGAGUCCGGACGCAUGCUGGUGCCAUUCUUAUCAUAAGCAAAUCAGGCGAGUUAUACAACGCAGCAGAUCGAGACCAUUGUAUGCAAUAUAUGAUGGCGGUGACUUUUCUGAAAGGUUCGCUGGUUGAGUACAGUGAUUACAGCGACACCAGUCUAUGGGCAAAAGAUCCCCGGGUGGACCGGCUGAGAGCGAAGAUUGAGCUGGUGGAAGAGGAACGGUUUUCCAGAGAAUACCUCGAUGUUGAUAAGAGGAGCGCCGCGAAUGGAGUAAAAGUUAUGCUGCGUGAUGGCCGGCAGCUUGAUGAGAUCGUGAUAGAGUACCCACUCGGUCAUGCCUUGAGGCCAGAAACUGUUGGCGCUGUUGAGACGAAGAUUCGGAAGAACUUAGAGCGAGCGUUCUCUCCGCGGGAGGUGGAAAAAAUAUUCCGAUCGUCCGAGACUGAAGAUAUGCCUAUCAAGGACUUUGUGGAUCUUUUUGCUAGAGAUAAAGAAGCACAUGCAAAAUUAUAA